AUGUUGAAAUUUGGUCGCUGUGGAAUCCACGGUUUCGAUGAGGUGCUAGGAAUUGACAGCGAUGAGAUCCGCUUCUUUUGGACACUGGAAACAGAUGAUCGCCACGCCAUCCAAACUGCCUACCGCGUGGUGCUGAGCUCGGACCCUGCAGCUCUUGAAGAUGAAUCUCUGAAUUUGUCUCAACUUGCAUGGGACUCAGGGCGCGUGGAAAGCGCCGAGCAGAGGAACAUCAUUUGCAAGCCAGAAAAUAGCUUCAAUUCGACUUGCAGCUACUACUGGCGGGUGACUAUGUGGACCCAGAGCAACGAUGCUCACCACAGUCCCGUCCAUCACUUUUUCACGGGCUAUCCACGUUCUCGACUUUUGCCUCCUUACAGCAUGAACCAGACAUACAUGCCGCAUACAAGUCUCAUCUUCCGAACAUGGUUUGAGGAUGAGGCAAAUCGGUGGAAGGCUGUUUGGAUUGGUGAUGGAGGUGAUAAGCCUAUUUACCUCCGGAAGCCAUUCCAGCUACCACGAGCACCUACGCGUGCGAUUUUGUUCGCCUCCGGUUUGGGCCAUUUCAACAUGACCAUGAACGGUCAGCCGACUUCGAAUCAUCGUUUGGAUCCUGGGUGGACCAAUUACCACCGACGUGUUCAAUUCACCUCUUAUGAUGUCACUGACCGUAUCCAGGCAGGAGAAAACGUUCUUGGGGCUCAUGUUGGUAACGGAUUCUAUGCUGGUGAUAAAGGAGGUGAUGAUCGAUUCUUUUGGCCAAUGUACGAGGACAACACAUAUGUGAGAUAUGGAAACGAGCUCUGCUUCUUCUGUGAACUUCAUCUUUUCUUCGAAGAUGGCACACAUGAGACUCUGAUCUCUGAUCCUACAUGGUCUGUGCGAAAGAGUGCUACUACCUUGGCCAAUAUCUAUGCUUCGGAGAAUCAUGACCGACGACUUUACCCGAACGGCUGGGACUCUCCUGGUUUUGAUGGCGGUGAUUGGAGUCCGGCUAAACCUCUUACCGGGCCUCGAGGCCACAUAUUCUACCAAACACAACCUCCUGUUGUACUGCAUGAGACUUUCGAGCCAGUCAAGACAUACAGCCCUCGGCCAGGAACUAUUUGCUAUGACCUGGGGCAAAAUGCUUCAACCAUGGUCCAAGUCAUUGUCGAAGGCUCCGCUGGGUCUGAAAUUAUUGUUCGGUACUCCGAAACCGUGAAUGACGAAGGUACUGUCCUAAUGCCAGACCCUCUUUUCAAAGAGUUCGAAACCGGUGUUUUCUCCAAAAUAUACCUAGCGGGCACAGGUGAACCGGAGAUGUGGGAGCCAGACUUCAGCUUUACAAGCGCUCGGUACAUUCAAAUUGAAGGUGUAUCUCUCACCCCAGGUGAGGGUCUCCCUGUCAUCCAUUCUGUUGUCGGUCGUCAUAUCUCUUCCGCCGCCAGGAAGCUUGGCACUAUGAAGACAGAUAAAGAGGAUGUCAAUGCUCUCCUCAAUGCUCUCCACUGGAGUUUCAGCAGCAAUCUCUUCAGCUACCAUACCGACUGUCCGCAGAUCGAGAAGUUCGGUUGGCUGGAGGUGACACAUUUGCUCGCGCCAGCCACACAGUACACCCGUGAUAUGGAAUCACUUUACACCAAGAUUCUCGAUGAUAUUCUUGAUGCGCAAGAGCCAAAUGGCCUUGUUCCCACCAUGGCUCCUGAGAUUCGGUACAUGUGUGGCCCUCUCCACGAUACCAUCACCUGGGGCUGUGCUGUGUGUCUUCUUCCAGACAUUCUACGACGAUACUACGGAUCCACACAUGUCAUCGCCAAGGUAUACCCAGCUGCCGUACAAUACAUGGAGUAUAUGCGCACGAAAGAGCGGAAGGGUGGACUUAUCGAGCAUGGCCUUGGGGACUGGGGCCGCGAUAUUGCCUUUGGAAACCAUCAAGCCAACAUCGAGACCGCCAUCUACUUCCAAUGUCUGCAAUGCGUUGAAAUGAUGGCUCGCGAGCUUGGAAAGCUUGACGAGGAAGAAAAGUUCAAGCAGUGGGCCCAACGCAUCUAUGAUGUUUACAACCAACACCUGCUUGUUACCGAUGAUCUAUCACGUCCUUAUGCAUAUUACACCUCCCUAGACAACUUUCCUCAACGAGAUCGUACAGCCAUCGCCCAGGCAAUGGCUCUUCAGAUCGGCUUGGUUCCGGAAGAACAUAAAAAGGAUGUGAUGGCCGCAUUCCUGGAUGAUGUCUCAGACGGCAAAAUCCGCGCUGGUGAAAUCGGACUUCGAUAUCUCUUCAACACGCUAUCCGAUGCUAAACGACCGGACCUGGUACUACAAAUGGCUCGACAAGAGGAGCAUCCCUCGUACAUGCGCUUCCUCCGCCGAGGCGAGACCACACUCCUGGAAUUCUGGCAAGAUGAGUGCCGGAGUAAAUGUCAUGAUAUGCUGGGCACGAUUUACGAGUGGUUCUAUACAUCCGUGCUUGGUUUGAAGGUGAUUGAGGAUGGAUACCGGUCAUUCGAGAUUGAUCCGCCCUACGGCGCUGAGUUCGGACAUGUGAAUGGAACGGUUGAUUGCCCGUACGGGUUGAUCGACAUUGAUUUCCGGCAGGAGAAAGAUAGCGUGGUUUUGAAUGUUGUCGUUCCUUUUGGAACGACCGCUCGGGUGAGGCUUCCUGGUGCUAUGAAGUCUUACAAUGUGGAGCGGGCUGGGUCGUCCAUUGAAGCAGAUGGAGAGACUCAUUUCACUGUUGGACAUGGGUCAUACAUUGUGAAGAUUCAGUUGUAA